AUGAACAAAAUAUUUUCCGGCAAUUCAGAAUCGACUGCAUCAUCUACCAGUUCCAUACCCGUUUCCAUGAUAAUCAGCUUGGACUUUUGGAUUUUGAUACAAAAUUUUAUUCGCUUUAGUAACUAUAGUUUCAUAAUACCUAUUUAUCACGGUAGUUACAACUGCAUUCGCAUGAACCACUUAUUUACACUAGGCAUCUGCACGAAUCGCCACGUAAAUAUCCUAAGGACGGAAAAUGGUAACAAUUCAAUUUCGCUUUUUUGCUACAGUCAGUAUCAAAGAUUUGUACGAGCAGUAAGCUUCAGCAUUGAAGGCUUGGCUUUACGCCAAUUUUGCGAUCAAAGCACCUUCGGCUGCUUUGCUGUCUCAUUACGAACAGUGGUGUGA